GUCUUUCUUCAGUAAAGGCGGAAGAAUAGCACGCCUGCCUCCAUCUUUCUUGACACCAAGAAGAUGACCACUGUCCCCCGCAAAGGGCCAUGUCGAGAAAGGUCCGCAAUGAUCGCGCAAUGUCAACGCCCAAGUUCGGUGAACGGUUGGUUACAGAGCCCCCAUCCGCUUCCACAGGCCUCAUCUGUCCAACUGGGAUGCUUUCCAGGCGCCAAGCUACCGGCUGGACGUAAGGUCCGGGCCGAAACACCACAUGUAUGAUGAUUUGACAAAGCCUGUAUUAUUGUAAGCUAUUCCGCUAUAGCUGAAAGAAAGAAUGCAUCUCCAUCUCUCCAGCGCUUCCUUGUGGCUCCAUAGUCGGUAGCAGUCAGCUGUGGAGGAAGAGGACGAAGGAGCGGGUAAAGCAACGUCGCCGCCAAGCUACCGCCAGGGAGUGGGGUCCGGGCCUAAAUACCACAUGUACGCUGAUUUGACGGAGCCUGUGUCAUUGUAAGCCAUUUCGCCAUAUCUGAAAGAAAGGAAGCACCUCCAUCCCUUGCUUUCUUGCGGUCCCAUGCAUUAGGAGGUGGCUGUGGAGGAAGAGGAAGCAGGAGCGGGCAAAGCAGCGGCGUUGUCGGAGAUAAAAGCAGCUAAGGUCAGCGGGAGGAUGGCUAUGGAGGACGCUGGUGACGGGUUGGCCGGUGCCGUGACUGCAUCCUCGAGGUUGCACAUGGGCGACCGGUCGUCGGUCGUGGAGGAUUGCGACGCGCAGAUUGAACGUAUGCCGUCGCCCCUGGGACCGUCAGAGUCAAGGGCGGAAGAAGGGGAAGCAGAGGUGGUCGGCCGCUCCCCCGGAGAACCGUCGUCGAGGUCAGCGCCAACCAGUCCUGGAGAAGAAGGGAGCGAUGUUGAUGCGAAUACCCCGAAUGCCAAUCGAGGAGGCAGCUUGACUUGCGUUAUGCCCAAAGUGGGCGUCGGGGUCGCUGUGCUUGUCGUCCGCGACCAGUCCGUGAUAAUUGGACGUCGGAAAGGGUCGCAUGGCACAGGAACUUACGCAUUGCCAGGUGGCCACCUGGAUUUCGGGGAGAGCUGGGAGGAGUGCGCUAUCAGAGAGGUCAAGGAAGAGACGGGCUUGGAUAUCGCUAAUGUCAGAUAUGCUUGGGUGAGCAAUUGUGUCAUGCUGGAUGAACCGAAGCCGUGCCACUACAUCACGCUGUUCAUGCGUGCUGAGCUGCGCAAUGUGGCAGAUGAGCCUGAGAAUUUAGAGCCUGAUAAAUGUGAAGAGUGGCAGUGGGUGGUGUGGCCACGCAUUCCAUUUCCCCGAUUUGCACCCCUGCAAACACUUCUAGACAGCCCCUUCUCGCUUUUCUAGUGUGUGUCAAACAGCCAGUCAACCGUAUAUGAGUUUUCCAUCUUGGAUGCAUUCUGUUUUCACCAUCGUCAUACAGAACCAGUCUACCGGUACACGCGCAGUUUUCUUCAAAUCUCACUCAUCAGGACAUCUGCAGCCUUGUCAUUGGGCAUCAUGGCCACCGAUUACUUUCAAGGGGCAGGAUAGAUGAGGGAGAUGCAGGUUCAGGUGGGCUGACAAGUGAAAAAUGUGCAGAAUGUGGCUGGAGUGUCUUGCACAAAACAGAUAAGGACAGCAGCGUGCCUCCGCGCCCAUCACGCCGCACACCUUGAUUUCCAUGAUGUAGAAAAAGGUACUCUCUCUUUUUUUAAGUUUUUUUUUUUUUUUUUUUUUUUUUUUUUACAACAACAUGCCCCAUGAUCCCCAUCUAUUCUGGGAGGGGAGAGAAGUUAAGUUAUUCACAGAACAUCAUGAUUCGACGUAGUUAUGCAUUAACAAUA